UAAACGCUACGCUUGUUGCCAACUUCCCGUCAGUCAUUUUGUUCGGUGGCUGAAAAUUCACGGUCGGCGAUAUCCGUAAAAAUCUUUGUCAUCGGCAGUUAUUUUCUAAAGUGACAUUAUGAGUUCUGGGAUGCCUGAAUUGGGCUCCAAAAUAAGCCUAGUAUCGAAAGCUGAUAUUCGUUACGAAGGCCGACUUUUCACCGUCGAUCCUCAGGAAUGUACAAUCGCUUUGGCUAGCGUUCGGUCCUUUGGUACAGAGGACCGAGAGACGCAGUAUCCGGUGGCACCUCAGAGUCAGGUGUAUGAUUACAUUUUGUUCCGCGGUUCUGACAUCAAGGACAUUCGAGUAGUGCCUAAUGUGCCGUCUUUGCCAAAUGACCCCGCCAUCAUGCAGAUGUCGGUGCCGCCGACUCUCGGCGGUGCCAAUCCAGGAGCGCCAGGCUCGUUCGCCGGUCAGUUCAACCACCCGGUUGUGGGCCAGACGCAAUAUCCGCAGUACCACCCGAUGGCAGGCUUCCCGGGUAGUGUGCACACUCAGCUCAACAAGACGAGUGAGUUGUCUCCACAAACUUCGGUGGAGCUGGCACCUCAGCCCCAGCCUACGACUGCCCCUAUUGGAUCUGGAGUGGCUCACCACUCCAAUCAAGUGAAAGACCAAGGCUCGAUGUUGGAUCUCAUUGGGGGCUCUCAGCAGUCGUCCUCUCGUUCCAACACCCCGGCCGUCGGUGGGCACAGGAAAAGUCCUACAGCUGAUCAGGGCACGCAGCAGGCGGGCGUGGCGGGGGGCUCCGGACAGCGGGACAGCCGCCGCGGCAGCACGGGCGGCGGCAACAAGCAGCGCAACCGGACCAACUCCCGCACGCGCCAGCGCUACCCCAGCGGCGGGCAGGCGCCCCACCAGAACCAAAACCAGCACCACCAGCAGAAUCAGCAUCAACAGAAUCUACACCAUCAUCAGAAUCAACACCAUCAGAAUCAGCACCAGCAGCAGAACCAGCAGAUGCAUCAUCAUCAGCAAGUUUUCCCAGGGCAAGGCUACGGGCGCGGGGGCUGGCGGGGCCGCGGGCGGGGCGGGCGCGGGCGCGGGUUCGUGCCUCGCAACAAGAACACCCUCAAGUUUGACAAUGACUACGACUUCGAACAGGCCAACACGGAGUUUGAGGAGCUGCGGAGCCAACUGGCAAAGACUAAGAUCUCGGAGGGCGAGGCCAAGCCGGAGAUCACUGCUGCGCAACAACCAGCAGAGGUGGACAAGAAGGAUGACUCCGGUAACGAGACAGGGGCGGGCGAGGCGGAGCUUGACGACGACGCCAACUUCGCCGGCUACGACCGCAAGAAGAGCUUCUUCGACAGCAUCUCCUGUGAGACCGUUGAGAGGUCGAAGGGGCGCAGCCAGCGCACGGACUGGCGCACGGAGCGCAAGCUCAACGCGGAGACGUUCGGAGUCGCGUCCGCGCGGCGCGGCGCCUGGCGCGGCCGCCCCGCCUGGCGCCAUCACAACAACCCCAUGCAGCAGCCUACGUACUUCCCUAGUUGGCGGCCAAUGCGGGGUGGGCGCGGACGGCCGGGCAACGGCCAACCCGGCCAACACGGCCAACACGCCAACCACAGCCAACACCAACAGAACAACCGCGCGCCCAGACCCACCAACACUGCGCCUGCGGCCGCCGCAGCUCAGUAGCUAAGUAUGAGUGGAAGUUGCGACAAGGAGUAUACACUGAAUCUUAACUUAUUAUCGCAAGGACUGAUCACAAAUGGAAAAGUAACGGAAAAGUAUAGUGAUUGUUUAAUAAAUGUAAUCAAAAUGUAAUGUCGUUGCGGGAACGUUGGGAGUGUGUAGUUUAAAGUUGAAGGACAUAGUUUUGGUGAGAUAGUGUUGUAUCCAAUAUUAUGGAAGGUUGAUGAAGGAAUUCCCGCAAGCAUGCGACAGAAAUGUCCGGCCGCUCACCUAGUGUAAUGUAAGUAUAGAAUUAUUAAUUUGUGAGCGUUGUUUGUUCAGGCUUUAGAUGCAUAAUAUCAAAUUCGUGUUUGAUGUUAAGCGAAGUGUCAUUUGAAAAAAUGAUAUUACUUAAAUCGUACAUAUCGCAGAUUGGAUUUAUUUAUUCAGAAUCAAUUUACGAAUCGGAUAUUCUGCGUGUAAACCGUUCAGGAGCGGCAAUGUCGUGUUGACAUCGACUAAAUUGGAUUGUAUAAUGUCACAAGUCUGUUGACGACGAUAUUAGGCUAUAAAUUAUGUGAUUGGUGUCAAUGUUGAGGUGAGACCCCGCAAUCGGAGGCUAAGUAAGGAAUCCUGCCUAGUGUAAUUGAAAUCUUCAUUUCAAUGGAUUAUAUUUUCUUAAAAGCUUCUCACCUGUAAUCCGCGUUUGUGCCUAUUUAAACGUAAAAGAGGUUAAAUUAAAUAUGUACAUGUUUUAUUUAAUGGGGUCAUUGCAUUUCCAAUAUUGUAUAAUUUGCAAUGAUGCUGUAACAGCAGUCCUACUAAGUGUUCAGAGUGACACAUUAGUAAAUGUAUUUUGCCGCAUUGAUUAAUUUUAUAGUCAAUUGUUAUUCUGCUGGCCAGAGAAGCUCCAUAUUGUUAUCACAGGGUAGUGCUGGGUGUUGCAGUUGGCCCUAACUUUUAUGGAUGACUUCGAUUUUAUUGACUCGUUUGUUAGUGAUAGUAUAAAUUGUGAUAGUAGGACUGCUGGCGAUAACAGAUGGCGGCGCCGCUGCUGCGUCCGCGAGGCGAUAGCGAACUCAAUCUCCAUUUAGUUUAUAGUUUAUUGUAGUGUUAUAAAAACGCGGGUAUAUGAAAUUAUGCAGUCGGCGCCGCCAUUUUGAUUACUGCCAGAAUUUAUCGAGCAACUGAUGUAAUCCACUGUUUUAUCACACAAAUUUUAGUAUGUUGUAAAUGUUCUGGAAAAGGACUUAGUUUAAUUAAAUUUUCUUAAGUUGGAAUCAUUUGUUGUAAAAUAUAUUGUGCAUUAAACAAACUAUUGGCAAAAAGUCCUUUUCAAAUGAUAAAUUUGAGAGACAAUUGACAAAAUACAUGUUUGUAAAAAUCUGUAACUUGUAAAAUCUGUACCUGGUGAUUGUAUUAAUAUGGAAAUAUACAUUUACUACAAAUCUUCCAA